AGGCGCACAGAAUGGCCAUUUUGAAGCUGGGAGACUGCGUGACGUAUUGAGCUCUCUGGAAGAGAUCUUGGAGGACCAGUAGGCAGAGCAGAAUAGAGGCUGACAAGUCUGCAUCCUGGGAAGCUCUACAAGCUUACAGUAGGAGCCCAGAGCCACUCAAUCAUUGCAGCUCCUAAAUAGAAGUCUAGGGGCAAAGUGUUUGUUGGAAAGGGGAUUUAAAAAGCAUUCUUGGUGCAUGGGAUGAAGCCAGCCAUGGAAACUGCAGCAGAGGAAACAACUGAACAAAGCCAAGACAAAAAAGCAAACAGCAGAGCAGAAAUGGAAAUUGGCAGGUACCACUGGAUGUGCGGGAGUUCAAGGCCACAUCAAUACCACCAAGUGCCAGCAAUGAGAGACAAUAUGAGUCCUUUGGGGAUUCAAGGUUGCUUUGAAUGUUGCAUAAAGUGCUUGGGAGGAGUACCAUACGCUUCACUGGUGGCCACCAUUCUAUGCUUCUCUGGAGUGGCUCUCUUCUGUGGCUGUGGCCACGUUGCUCUCACAGGAACAGUAACAAUACUUGAACAGCACUUCUCCUCAAAUGCCAGUGAUCACGCUCUUCUGACUGAAGUAAUACAAUUGAUGCAGUAUGUCAUCUAUGGCAUUGCAUCUUUUUUCUUUCUGUACGGAAUCAUUCUUUUGGCAGAAGGUUUCUACACCACCAGUGCCGUAAAGGAAAUGCACAGUGAAUUUAAGACGACAGCCUGCGGACGAUGCAUUAGUGGAAUGUUUGUCUUUCUGACCUAUAUUCUUGGUGUAGCCUGGCUUGGUGUCUUUGGCUUCUCUGCUGUCCCUGUGUUCAUGUUCUACAACAUGUGGUCAACCUGUGAAGUUCUCAAAGCAUUGUCCGUAAAUAUGACCACAUCACCGGAUCAGAUCUGUGUAGACGUCCGGCAAUAUGGUAUCAUUCCAUGGAAUGCUCUGCCCGGAAAAGCAUGUGGAAUGGCAUUGGAGAACAUCUGCAACACCAAUGAGUUUUACAUGUCCUACCACCUUUUCAUUGUGGCAUGCGCCGGGGCAGGAGCUACUGUUAUUGCACUGAUCCACUUCCUCAUGAUUCUGUCUGCAAACUGGGCCUACUUAAAGGAUGCCAGCAAAAUGCAGGUCUACCACGACAUUAAGACAAAGGAAGAACAGGAGCUUCAAGACAUCCAGUCACGGUCUAAAGAACAGCUCAAUUCUUACACAUAGUACGAUUAUCCGAGUAACAUCACAGAAGAACCAGUAGCUCUUAUUAUUGGUCAGCUAAUGCAGAAGUGUAAGAAUAUAAAUAAAUAUAACGUUCCUAUUGGACAUAAUUCUGUACAAUUAGUAAAGGAAAAAAACCCAGUGAGUAACACAAUAUUCACAACUUACUUCCUUUUUUGUAUUUGAUCUCAGGCAUUUUAAAAGGCAUCAAUUUAUAAAAAGUCUAAACUGGAUGGAAUGAGUAGAAUGUAGGUGAAUGCUCAGUUUGUGGAAGAAUGAAUUGUUCGGUUGUUGUAGCAGUCAUUCGCAUCCAUCUGAUUACAAAAAGGUUUAAAGUGGAAUGAAAUAAAAAGCAGAAACUUGUAAAAAAAAAAAAAAAAUGUUUAUGAAAUAAAAAAAGUCUCAAGUGCCAGAGCAUUAAAAUACACACAUACCAACACGUUCCACUGUGUAAUUGAACUAAAAUAUGUGUAGACAUCCAUUUCCUGAGCAUUAAAAACAAAAUCCUGAAUCUGGGUCGGGAGAACCUAAUAUUUCUAGAUCAUAAACUUUUGUUUUAUCUCCUUCCAAGACACGUAUAGUUAAGAUUGUUUUCUUGUAAAUCAAAUUAUGGGGCAACACCUUUCAACAUUGGUGCACUGAUGCUAUGUAGUAUUACAUUGUUGCUGUAAGUCACUUCAUUAUUAUUCUGUGGUCAAUUGUGAGUGUUAUACAGUUGCACUUAAACAAAAUAUGAUUAAAAAUAUAUUGAAAGAAAAUUAGAAAACUGGAAAAAAGUGAUAAUGUAGACGGUACAUGUUACAAAAAUUAUAAAAAAAAAAAAUACAGAAAAAAAAAACGCCCAGUCUACUUGAUUAUUUAGAAAUAUUUCUUAUUGUUGAAUUGUGAACAAACAGUGUUCAGGUAUUUUGUUUGGUUACAAGCCUAAAAAAAGGCAAUUUUGACAAAUUAAAAAUGAGAAAUUUUAUUGUAUGUAAAGAAAAUGUAACAUACUAGCCUAGCUUUCUGUUAAGCCAAUGCAUGGGAAAUGUCAUAACUAAUUCUACUGCAAUGCAGGUGAUUGUUUUAGCCCCAUCUUCUCCUGUACGGAUAAUGAAGGCAAUGUCCCAUUUUUCUUUUUCCUUUUUCUAUUCUGUGUAGUUGCUGGGAGUUUUAUUUUGAUUUUGUUUAGUGAACUAUUUUUAUGUUUAAAAAAAUAAAUAAAAAAAAUUACAUUUUGCUAUGUAUAAAUUUUUGUAACUUAUAGUGAAUCAAUAUUUUCUAUCAGUGCCAAGGGCUUCCUGUAGUUAUA